GUGGGCGGAACGUACUUCGCUGGUAGAAGGGGUGCGUGGAGGGUGGGGGGUGGUGGGCGUGCUCUUCCCUGGCCUUCAUGCACGUGGAGGGAGAGGGUGGCAUUGGCAAACUGAUAUCGGAUAUCCUUCCAGCAUUCCAGCAUCUCCGCUGUUAUCCUUUCACGGUUCUAGCGGAGACUGCAUCACCAGACCGGCAUCGCGCCAUCGCCAUCCUAAGGGUAGGGUAAUCAUGCAGAUCUUUGUGAAGACCCUGACAGGGAAGACCAUAACUUUGGAAGUCGAGAGUAGCGAUACCAUCGACAAUGUGAAGGCGAAGAUUCAGGACAAGGAAGGUAUUCCUCCAGAUCAGCAGAGACUCAUCUUCGCGGGAAAGCAGCUGGAAGAUGGCCGGACCCUCGCAGAUUACAAUAUCCAGAAGGAGUCUACCCUACAUCUCGUGCUGAGACUUCGUGGAGGCAUCAUCGAACCUUCGCUGAUGGCUCUGGCGAGGAAGUACAACCAGGAGAAGAUGAUCUGCCGCAAGUGCUAUGCUAGGCUGCAUCCGCGAGCAGUGAACUGUCGGAAGAAGAAAUGUGGCCAUAGCAAUCAGCUGAGGCCCAAGAAGAAGAUCAAGUGAGCUGUUGCUAUCUGUGGGCACAUGAUAGUCUUUGCCUUCGCGUUUCCAUGUCGUGCCAGCUUUCUUUGUCGCUUUCUCUGUUAGCAAAAAUCAGCGAAGGUGCCGUCAAAGACUGUGGACGUCAAGAUUUCAAAGCGACGAGGUUUUUGCGAAGAGUGCGAUGAAGGCUCACUUCGUUCUUUCUUUGUUUGGCAUUUUUUUUUUUUUUUCCGUCGCACGUCCAAUGUGUAGUCUUCUUUCUGGCAUUCUUUUUCUGCUUCUCACAAUGCAAUGUGGAGUCCCUCACCCGGCGGAGAGGUAGGCGUCCUCCUGCAUUUCAGGGCGCCUCUCCGGGGCCUCUGCGGUAUGAAAGGUCCUAGGCUUGUUUUCUCUCAUGAUUGGAAUGAAUGACAGAAUGCAAGGCGUCCUGGAUUUCAAGGCCUAUCCGGGGUCUCUGCGUUAUGAAAUGAUAGGCUUGUUUCCGUCAUGAUUGGAAUGAAUGACAGAAGCAGGUUGAUUGAUGAAUCAAGACAUAUCUCUCACCCAUUUUGUGAGGUUCACGUGGCAGAUGAGCGGGAGAUACGCGGGAGAUACGCGGGAGAUACGCGGGAAGUAACCCUGAUAUAGAUAUAGCCGCACGUGAGCUUGCUGGUAUGUCUCUGAUUGGAUGUAAUAGCAGAUGAGCGGAAGAUGAGCGGGAAAAUGGGCGGAAAAUGAGCGGGAAAUGGGCGGAAAAUGAGCGGGAAACCGCGGGACGUGAGCGGGAGAUGAGCGGGAGAUGAGCGGGAGGUAUCUGGAAUUUCGACAUAGCCGCACUACAGCUUUCUGGUGAGUGUCUCUGUUUCUGAAAAGUGGAAGAUGAGCUAUGGCUGUAGCUAUGGCCACAACGACAUCCUCCGCUCGAUGCGUCUCUGGCUAUGGCGCGUCUGUAGCUAUGGCUUCUCGUCCCUUCAGCUUUGAGUAAUAUGGGGGUAGUGGCAAUUUGUCUCUUCCCAGAUGUUCGGUGGAGAUGUCACUUCAAAUUUCAAAUUUCCUCUGAGAUGAGUUUUUCCAGGAAAUCGGAAUUAGUGUUUUUAUUGCUUCGUCUGUCAGAACUCUUUAUGUUUGUAUCGUAGUUGGGUAUGCUUUCAAAUUGUUGCUCUAUUUUGUUUUGGGGGGAUUUGAAUCCCUUGGUUUUCGAUAAUGCGCGCGCAUUUUCUGCUUUCCGUCUUUGCAGUGUCGCUGGUUUAUGCGCUCUGCUGCCAUGCGCGUCGUUUAUUGUGUGCUCGCUCGGCGGCUUCUUCUGUCUCUUUUUUCACUUUGUUUUUAAUUAUUCGCUGGUGGGUUAUGGGUUAGGGUUUGGUCGCUCAGUAACGAAAGA